AUGGCUCGUGGAAAGGUUCAGAUGAAGAAGAUUGAGAAUCCGGUGCACAGGCAGGUUACCUUCUGCAAGCGCCGGGCGGGGCUGCUGAAGAAGGCUAAGGAGCUCUCUGUGCUGUGUGAUGCUGAUAUUGGAAUUCUCAUUUUCUCCUCCCAUGGAAAGCUCUUUGAACUCGCCACCAAAGGAAACAUGCAAGGGCUUAUUGAGAGGUACAUGAAGAUGAAGCCACCCCGAGUGUCUCAGGCUGAUCAAGCCGUAGAAACGCAAACUCUGGAUGCAAAAAAAGAGAUUAACCUGCUGAAACAGGAGAUUGAAAUACUGCAAAAAGGUCUCAGGUACAUGUUUGGAGGGGGUGCUGGGACAAUGACCUUGGAUGAACUACAAGUGCUUGAAAAACAUCUUGAAGUAUGGAUUUAUCACGUACGCUCGGCAAAGAUGGACGUUUUGUUCCAAGAGAUCCAACUGUUAAGGAAUUCGGAAGGAAUACUGACAGCUGCAAAUAAGCAUCUACAAGACAAGAUUAUUGAAGAGAACAUCGGAGUUACUAACAUUACACCAAUGGCCUCUGACAAUCCAUAUCCACUAACCAUACCAGAUGAUGACAUAUUUCAAAUUUAA